AUGCAGCGCCGCGACGACCCCGCCGCCCGCCUGGGCCGGGGGCCGGGCCCCGGCGGCGCCCGACAAGGGGCACCUCCACCUCGGCGGCCGCCCCGUGGUGGGGGGGGUCGCGGGGCCGCCACCGGGGCGCAGCCUCCGCCGCUCCUGCCGCCCAGCGCAACGGCCGCCGCCUCGGCCGCUCAGGCUCCCGCCGCCGCCCCUACCCCGCUGCUGCCCGGGGCCGCUGUCAAGAUGGAGCCCGAGAACAAGUACCUGCCCGAGCUGAUGGCCGAGAAGGACAGCCUCGACCCGUCCUUCACGCACGCCAUGCAGCUGCUCACCGCAGAAAUUGAAAAAAUUCAGAAGGGUGAAACAACAAAGAAGGAUGAGGAAGAGAACUACCUGGAUUUAUUUUCCCACAAGAAUAUGAAACUGAAAGAACGAGUUCUGAUACCUGUCAAACAGUACCCCAAGUUCAACUUUGUUGGAAAGAUUUUGGGACCUCAAGGCAACACCAUCAAAAGACUUCAAGAAGAGACCGGUGCUAAGAUAUCCGUGCUGGGGAAGGGUUCAAUGCGAGAUAAAGCAAAGGAGGAAGAGCUGCGUAAAGGGGGAGAUCCUAAGUAUGCUCAUCUAAAUAUGGAUUUGCAUGUCUUCAUUGAAGUUUUUGGACCCCCUUGUGAAGCAUAUGCUCUGAUGGCUCAUGCCAUGGAGGAAGUCAAGAAGUUCCUUGUUCCAGAUAUGAUGGAUGAUAUCUGUCAGGAGCAAUUCUUGGAGCUCUCCUAUCUGAACGGUGUACCGGAGCCAACUCGUGGCCGAGGAGUCCCCGUGCGGGGAAGGGGAGCAGCUCCACCACCGCCUCCGCCUGUUCCAAGGGGGCGUGGUGUUGGUCCUCCCCCCCCUCCUCCUCCUCGGGGGGCCCUUGUGCGAGGAGCCCCGGUGCGGGGUGCCAUCGCCCGGGGAGCUGCUGUAGCCCGCGGAGUCCCUCCUCCCCCAGCAGUACGGGGUGCUCCUGCACCCAGAGCACGUGCCACCGGCAUUCAGAGAAUACCGCUUCCUCCUCCUCCUGCACCAGAAACCUAUGAGGAAUAUGGCUAUGAUGAUGCAUAUGCAGACCAGAGCUAUGAGGGGUAUGAAGGCUACUACAGCCAGGGCCAAGGGGACACAGAAUACUAUGAUUAUGGACACGGGGAGGCACAGGAAACCUAUGAAGCUUAUGGUAUGUCUGGGAAUACUGUUCUCUUGACAGGGAAGGGGCUGCACACAGUUGGGAAUUGCCUGCAGCGGUUGCACAUAGUUGGGAAUUGCUUGUGGUUGACCAACUGUCUUCCAGUGCCACUCCACGCUGUGAGCAAAAACGUACCGAGGAGAACCUCAAGUAGUUUUCAUGGUAGAAUAUUUGUACCCUACAGAUUAUCCAGGUCUGAACAACCAAAGGUAUUUUGUGGUUUUUAGAUUCUUAUCUAGCUUGAUUGUCUGAAAGGUGACGCUUUUAAAAUUCCAUUUUUUUAAACUAUGGAAAUAUCUCCAUUUCCUUGUAGCUUUAGAAUAUUUUAAGAGCUCUGGAUUUCCACCCACAGCACUACUUUUGCUGCAGUCUGGUUUUCACAGAUUAUAUUUUGUUGAGCUGGAUGAGUGCAUGGUUCCAUCUGCUUCCUUAUCCUCAGAAACCCACUAGCUGAUACUGACUCUGCUCUAUACAUUUGCUUGAAAAAUGGAUUUAAAUGUCAUAUUAAGGCCUCCCUUUGACUAGAUGGAACAAUUUUGGCUAAAAUGACUUGCAAGCCGCCUAUUAAGUUUAGCUAAUUUGAAUUGUGUAAAAAAUUGUGUAACUUGGGCUAGACCAAGGGCUGUGGGAGACCAAGUUAACCACAACUGUAAAUCACCAGCUGUUGAAAACAAUAGGCCUUAUAUCUGAUGCUGGCAAUAAAGGACUGGGUGACUGCGUGUUGCUGGUUUUUAAAGCUAGUUCAUAUAUCCAAUUUUCCUCUCUACAAACUGAACUAUAAACAGUUACGAAAGCUAUACAGCGAGCUGCUCAAUGGCAUGGAAAUACGCUGUAUUGAAAUCACUCCCUUUAGCAGAGCAUGAGUCGCCUGAAGGCCUGAAUGAAUGUGGGUGGUGGCAUAAUGACCAGCUGGAGGGGCUUUCUGGGAUCCUCAGGAGCUGGGAAUCCCCUGUGCUGUGUCACGCCGGUAUUAGGGAAGCGGAGUUGUUGAUACCACGACUGUCUCCUGCGCCGACCUCGGGUUGUUCCCUGCUCUGGGCUUAAGUUGCGAGCAGUUCAAAUUCAGGUGCCUAACCAGGGAUGCUUUUCCAGUCUGAGAUGCAUUUGAAUAGACAGCUGCUGUCAGUAACGUUGGCUAUCUUUCCUGCCUUCAAUGGCUUGUGUUAGUCACGCGGCACAAAGAGGCUUUUGUGCCUCCUACUUGGUAGGAGAGCGGUGGUGUUGUCUGGGAUAUGAAGGCCAAAAUGCUCGUUGUAUGCUUGGCAUGAAGUUGCCACAGCUAAUCUGUUUAUCCACAGUAAUUUCCUUUGGUCUCUGCUUUCAUGAAAACAGAAUUAGAGAAAUAAAUUGUUGAGCCAGGCUGGAGACAGUUUUGAGAAAAUGGGAACGUGCUCCGUGGUGGUAGGAACAGGCUGGGCUGUCUUCCGGGCUUCGGACACUUGCUUUCAUAAACUGGUGACCCUGGAGAGAAUGGCAGGCGUGCAAGUGUGAACGUUGCAAGCACAAGCCACAGUGAGAGCUGAGCUUGGAUAUUUGGGGCUUGAGCUAGCUCAGGGACGAUGGGGAUGCAAACUUCACUUGCUUCGGUGGCGGUUGUACGUAGCAGAAGGGUCUGGGCUGUCCUGUCGAGUGCUUUGUCCCAUCAGCGGUUACUGCUGGUACAGCACUACGUCUGCUCCGAAGAGAUGAGCAGAUGCCGCACGAGCUGCAGCUGUAAAUUUUCCUGUAUUCGCGGAGGCGCAGGAACAGCAAGUCACGCUCAGAAACACACCGGUGUCUGGGAGUUUGGUUGGACGUGCUGCCGUCCUAGAGCAGUGUAGGGACUUGAUUAUUUUGGCACAGUUAUCCGGGAGCUGCCUUGCCUGACGUCUAGGAAGGAGAGAAGCGGUACCUGCAGCAGACCCCGGGGUUAUAGAUGCUGCUGGCCGCCAGCCGAGGGGCCGUGGCUGCUGCGACCUUGGCUGUGGCUGGCUGCCAGAGCUGCCCCGUGAACUGGCUUCGUCUCUGCUCUAAUUAAUUACUCCUAAAAGGCACCGGGUUUGUCCAAGUCAGCGCUCGGCCGGGCUGUCGGAGCUGCAAGGCUUCCCGGUGAUCCCGCGCAAGUGGCUUUUCCCCCCCUCACCCCGUAAUGUUGGAAGAUGUGCUGCAAACGAGAGGUUUUGGUGGACCGCGGGGCAUUUUUGCAGACCGUUUUUGGGGUGAAACUGCUGUGAAGAUGCCCCGUGCCUCCACGCCGACUCCGGAGAGGAGCCCGGCCGGCACCGCCGCUCCCUCCGUGCCCCUCGGCUCGCGGCACUCCGCCAUCCCUGACGUAUCCCUCUCUUUUCUGCAGGGCAAGAUGACUGGAACGGAACCAGACCCUCCCUGAAGGCCCCACCGGCCAGGCCAGUGAAGGGGGCCUACAGAGAGCACCCAUACGGACGUUAUUAAAAAACAAACAUGAGGGAAAAAUAUCAGUUAUGAGCAAACAGUUGUUACUGAUUCUUGUAUCUCCCGGGAUUCCCGUUGCUUUACCCACACCAGACAAGUAAUUGUCUAACUGUUUUUCUUCGUGGCCCUUUUUCUCCCACUCCAUCCUCACCCUGCAUUCUGGCUUCUGUACGUAGUAUUUUAAAAUGAGUUAAAUAGAUUUAGAGGACCGACUUUAAUUUUUUUUUUUAAGUGUGUAGAUGGCUUUUCUUUCUUUGUUGUUUAGAUAAACACAACUGUACCUUUUUUAAUAAAAAAAAAAGUUGAGUUAAAAUGUUAGUUUCAAAAGUGACAUGCUUUGCUUAGCAGUUAUGAAAUUAAGGUUUUGUUAACCUUUUAAGUUUGGUUUUAAGGAACCCAUAAAAGUUGUAGUUGCAGAAUCCCAAAGUAGGCUACAUUUCAAAAUUCAGGGCUGUUUUUAAGAAUUAAAAUCAUAAUGUAACGGUAGUAGCUGCCACCGUUUAAAAGUAACCUCAGACGUCAAACUUUCCUUAAAAGCAGAUUGCUGAUGAAUCUUAAGUUUAAAUUUUAAUACGAAGGAUCCUCAAACAAAUUAAAUAGCAUUUUUUUAAAGGUAAUUGACUUAAAAGAAAAAGGAAAAAAAAAUUAGGUUUGUAAAAUUGACUUUUCUUAUGUGGGUUUUGAAAUCUAGCCCCGAACAUGCGGUGUUGAGAGAUGCUUGGGAAGCAGAUUUUCCAGUGUAAAGGGGUUCUUAGUUUGGUUCUAUAUGAAGAACUUUUAAGGGAAAAACAAAUGAAAGCGUGGCUCUAAUUGCCCAGUGUUUGAUAUUAGAAAACAGAGUAUUAAGUGAGUAGGUCUGAACUCUGUAAAAUUACAGUCUUCUCAUUUUUAUAGUGCUUGGGGCAGAUAAUACAGUGCAAGUUUAAAGCUGACAAAAUUGUCAAUAUUAGCAAUCCCAUCGACUUGUUCAAGUGUAUCUCAACACUAGCUUUUGCAUAAAAAGGGACACUGCAGCUGAAAAAAAAAAUGAGGAAAAAUUUCACUUUGUACAUAGGAUAAAGUCCUAAUUGGAUUUGUACACUGUCCUCCCACUCUGUUCUUGAAGAUUAAAUGCUACAUGUGUAAGUCUGCCUAAAUAGGUAGCUAAAACUUGUCAAAAUGUCUGCCGCAGUUUGUCAAUAAAGUUUAGUCCUUUUUUAAUCAAAGUAAAUGUGAUGAAUUGUCAUUUUUUUGUUGAGCAAUAAAAUAGCUAUUUUUUUUCAAAUAAAUUUAAAUUAAUGCUAAAGCUAAUUGUCUUUUUAAAACAUGGAGACAUUCUAAAAAUGGUGGUUUUUUGUAAUUAUCACAAAAAGUUUAUCAAGCUCAUUGAUUGAGCUUAAUUUAAAAAAAAGAAAAAAGAAAAAAAAAGAAAAGAAAGACAAAUUGUUUUUCACCCCCUGGAAGUUGUUGAAAGCAGUUUGAUCUUGGACUGUGGCAGAAAUCUGACUUCUGUCUGCUGGAAAGUGUUUAUGGUUCUUUGCUGAAUUAACAAGUCAGAUUUCAGGUGGGAUCACCGAGUACUCCAGACUGCAGACUCCAGAUUGAGUCUGAAAUGGCUGGUUUAAACCUAACGUGACAAAAUGAAUGCUGAGAAAUUCCAAGGCGUAGCUGCCACCAGGAGGAGGAGGAAGCUUGCUUUCUGCUUUAUGUAAACACCCCUAACCCCUAAGAUGAUGCCCUUCCUACUUUAUGGUAGCCUUUACUUGGAAAGCCACUUAAAAAUGGUUCUCUGUUUGAGAAGGGUGCUGCAGUUGCUCCUCAGAUCCUUCUGAGAGGGUGCGUAUGUAUAUAUGUAAUAUAAUAGUUUAAAGUAAACUGCUGCUUAGAGAGACAUGAAAAAUGGUUUGUAUUUCCCAUCCGCAAAAUGAAUCUGGCAUUCUAGGGGGAGAGAAUUAAACUGCUCGGGGGUGAAAAAUAGCGCUUUAGGAAGCAAACUGCUUGUAGCAGUGCAUGAUUGAGGGGAAUACUUUAAAACAAAAAGUUGUAUUUGUAGAUUGUUAUUAAAGUGUAAAUAACUGAAUUUUCAACAAUGGUUUGGAGUCAGCUUUCAGGGCAUAAUGUCUUGCUUGAUGAAAAGAUCACCCUAUACCCCCCUUUUAAAGGAAAAUUAUCGCAGGAGAAUCAGGAUGUGUAAAGCUAACAUGCAUCGCAAAACCCAAAAGGAGUCAAGAGUACAUCGCUAUGAAUCACUUGGGUGAAGAUGAGCAGGGGCAACACGAAGUGGGCACAGCUUUUAUAUCAAGUGGAAAAGAUUUGAUAGAGAUCAUCUAUUAUGAUGCAGUUUUUUACCAGUAGAAGUGGAUCUUGUGACACUGCCUUUGGAGUAACACAGCUUGCUUGUGCAUUGCAUUUGUUGCAUGUUUAUGUGAAAGAUUUUAAUGUUAUGGAGGAAUGUAAAUCUUAAUAUAUUGAAAAUAACUGUAUAUGCCAAAAGUAUUUUGAAAACAUGCCCUGCAUCAGACAUCUUCCUCCCUCUCAUAGCAUUACUACAUUCAGAUUUUAGCCUAGAGUCUAAUUUGAGAUCCCAAAAUAGCCAUCAGCAUCGGAUGUGUCUCUCAAAGAUGCUCUAAUUAGCCAGACGUUCCGGGGGUGAUACAGGACUCGCUGAAAUUUGUGAGUGGUAGAGAUUCCUUUGAGUACUGAAGUCUGAGUCACCUAAAUAACCUUCCCUUUCCUACUGACACGUAGCCACUGGAGUUAGUAUUCUGCUGGCUGUGAGCUAACGAGCACCAGCAAUCUUUCAUCUCAUCAUCUCCCCGAAGGACUAAUCCACAUCUCAUUAUUUGUAGGAUUUUGAUAAAGCCCAUAAACGAGAUAAAGGCCCCCAUUGUGCUUGGUGCUGUACAGUGCGAUGUGCAGCAGCAGUCACAUCUCCUCUGUGGACGUGUUUCCCACCCAUAUUGUUCUUUCCAAGAGAAGCUUGGCUCUAGAAACCUCCUCCUGCUGCGGAGCGCUCCGUGCCUCGGCAGUCCCAUCUUCUCUGGCCCUUGCUCUGAGUGGUCCCAGCCUCUUCAGCUUCUUCUCCGGCCCUUCAGUGUAAAUACUCAGGCUGGCCUUGCUUGGAGCUGGUACAAACCUGGGCUUUGCACCUCUUGGGUGAGGUUUCAGCGUGCGUAGCGGUUCGUAGCCAGUAUCUUGGACAGCAGCAGGGGUGUGAAACUGAGCUCACAGGAAAAACGCUCCAGCUGGUAUUGCGGAGAUGUCCCCGGCAGCUUUUCCUGGAAGGAGACUGUCGUACCCUGCUCGUUCCUUACCCCUGGUUUCAAGUUGCUGUUUGGAUUAUUAAAUAAAGCAAAUGGCUACAAGCUUUAUUUUAUAACUUACCUACAGUAUUUUUAUGUUUAACUUAAAACGCUGUGCUUUCGGUAAAGCUAAGACAUUACCUUGAUAUGGCCCUCUGUAAAAUUCCAUAUUUGGUAAGUUGGGUUUAAGAGCACAGCUGGAUUCCCCGUUUGGCUGUUAAAGCAGAUGAUUCUUUUUGUACAGAAUGAGUUUUUAAAUUUGUAUGAGAGCAUCUGUCACAAACGGAGCCAAGAAAAACAAUUUACAUGUGCACAUCUUCCCUUCCUCACCCCGUGCCGCUGCUCUCCUAAAGAACAUUUGGGCAGAGGGCGAUUCCUGCAGCCCCCGAUAGACCCAGAGGAGAAGAAACCAGCUGUGACUUGUCCGCUGGGAGCGGCAGGGGAGAACAGGCGAUGCUGCUCGCACAGCUCUUCUCUCGGCUGCGAGGAACAAGUACAUAUGGUGCUUUUGGGGAGGAAGACAGGGCUUAGGGAAAUUCUUCUUUAAUUGAUAAACCUAUAACAUCUUGGAUGAGACGUUGGACACAUGCCCCAUUUGUAAGCUUUGAGGGGGAGGAAUUUCUGCAGGCUAGUCAGGGCCCGUGGGAACUCCCAUCUCGAAUGUAGAUAUUAUUCCUCUUUUUUUCUACUCGGGAAGCUCGGUUCCUGUGAGCGCAGAGCAGAAACCUUUGCUGUUAUUGCUCAGUUGAGCCUUCCGUUGGUACCAUAUGUUUUAAUACAAAUGUUCGUUUCCACGCUCCUUUUGCAAAGCGGGAUGAAUCUCCGACGAACUGAUUGCACAUCUGAUAAAGGAACCCAGUUAAGAUGCUGUUCGCUUUGCUGUGGCUGGGAAACAGGAACCUGCCAGCUCCCGGUGAGUGUCGGAGAACACCGGAGCUUCCCUUGGCUGCCGCAAAAGCCGGAGAGCAGCAGCUCUGCGUUGGAGUUCUGAAACAUAAGUCUUUUCUAACGAAGCUGUUAGUUUUACCGCUGGCUUUAGAACCAAAUACGACCGAAGGCUGGUCCGUGGUGUUGCAGACGCAAACCUGGUUUUAACCUGUUGCCUUUGUAGUUGUUCCGGGAAGAUUCUGUUAAAACCACAAGUGUCUGGAUAUUCCUGUUUUUUUGAUGGCUCUGCACAAUGUAGGUUUCAAAACCAGUAAGAAAUGAAAGAUUGGCCCUGUGAACGUUCAUUAAUUUUAGAGACGACUUUGCCUCCAGCCCAGGCAGGGGUGGUGCUCAGGAUUGUGUAAUGCUCCAUCUGUACUGCAGCAUCAAGCACCCACAAGUUAAGGAAAUCAGUGAAGAAUACUGCAAGUGGCUGGUAAAGACCGUGAAAACUGGUCAAGGUGAAUCACAGCAUUAAAAUAACUUGUAUAGGAAACUGGCAAGCUCCUGCGUGGCUGGCGUUUGGUGAGAAGUGUUCCACAGAUGUUGACAAUGAUUAGUCAUUCCCUAUAAUAAAGGCCUAAUGAUUAUUUUUAA